CAUAUGCCCUUGCUCGCUCUUGUCUGCCGCAUCCGUUUUGAUGGAACGUAUCGGCCUCUGUAUCGCCGGGGCUCUUUCGGCACGCACACCCUUCGCAGACCUGACUGAAUCUGAUGCUUCUCUGCCGUCCCUCGCCCGCUAUAUCAGGUCCGUCGUACCAGCGGCCUUCCAGGAUCCCUCGCGAUGCGCCUCUCCCUCGUGCUGCUCGCGUCCGGCGCGCUUCUGGUGCAUGCUGCGACGACGAGUCUCGACGGGAUUUAUGCGCUAGUCCAGCGCCAGAUCCCCCAGCAUGCGAACUCGUUCACCUUCUCGCUGAUCGACGGCGGCGGCGACUCCUUCGCGAUUAGCGAUCCCGCCUCCGGGGACGGCGUUUCCGUGCAGUGUACGACCGUCAGCGCGUGUGCGAGGGGCCUUUACACAUAUGUGACGCAGUUUGGCGGCGUGGACAUCUGGUGGACCGGGUCGCGCCUGAGCCAACUGUCGUCCACACUCCCAAAAGUGGGCACUCCGGUCAACGGAACAGCAAUCGUACCUUAUAGGUAUCAUUUUAACACUGUCACCUUUGACUACACGGCUGCUUUCUGGAGCUGGGACCAAUGGCAGGCCGAGCUUGACUGGCUCGCCCUCCGCGGUGUGAACCUCCCCCUCGCUUGGGUGGGUUACGAGUAUACUCUUAUUCAGGUCUUCCAAGAGGUCGGACUCAGUGACGAGGAUAUCUCGUCCUUCCUCUCAGGGCCUGCCUUCCAGGCAUGGAAUCGCUUCGGGAACAUCCAGGGGAGUUGGGGCGGCCCACUGCCCACACAAUGGAUCGACGACCAAUAUUCCCUUCAGAAGCAGAUCGUCGCGCGCAUGUACGAGCUCGGUAUGACGCCCGUCCUGCCCGCCUUCACAGGCUUCGUCCCGCGCGCAUUCGCGGACCUCUACCCGAGUUCAUCCAUCAUCAACGGGAGCCAGUGGAGCGGCUUCCCCGCAGACCUCACAGACGUGACCUUCCUGGAGCCGUGGGACGAUCUCUUCACGACGAUGCAGACGUCGUUCAUCAACAAGCAGCAGGCGGCCUUCGGCGAGAACGUCACGCACAUCUACACGCUCGACCAGUACAACGAGAACAACCCGUACAGCGGCGACACGGGCUACCUCGCGAGCAUCUCGAACAAUACCUUCGCGGCGCUCCGCGCGGCGGAUGCGGAGGCGGUCUGGAUGAUGCAGGGCUGGCUGUUCUUCUCGAGCGAGUCGUUCUGGACGGAUGAGCGCAUCUCUGCGUACCUUGGCGGUGUGUCCGGCGAUGAUUCCAUGAUCGUGCUGGACCUGUACUCCGAGGCGCAGCCGCAGUGGCAGCGGACGAAUUCGUACUACGGAAAGCAGUGGGUGUGGUGCGAGCUCCACGACUACGGAGGUAACAUGGGGAUGGAGGGCAAUAUGCCCGUACUCGUCUCCGACCCGCUCUCUGCUCUUGCGUCCUCCCCGAACAUGAAGGGCAUCGGUCUGACGAUGGAGGGUCAAGAGGGGAACGAGAUCGUCUAUGACAUCCUCCUUGACCAAGCCUGGUCGUCUACGUCGAUCAACAUCAGCGCAUACACAGAGGCCUGGGUCGCACGCCGAUAUACCGUCAGCCCAUUGCCUGCUGCUGCACAGACCGCGUGGCAGAUCCUCAGUAGCACUGUGUACAGCAACAGCAACCCCGACACGCAGGCGACUAUCAAAGGCAUCCUCGAGCUGGAGCCCGCAACUUCAGGCCUGACAGAUCGUACUGGACAUCAUCCCACUGAGAUCACGUACGACACCAACACGACAAUCGUGCCCGCGCUUCAGAACCUCGUCCAAGCCGCCACGGAGAACCCUGCGCUGCUCAAUGUGCCCGAGUUCGUCUACGACCUCGUCGACACCGCGCGGCAGCUCCUCGCGAACCGCUUCAUCGACGCGUACAACGCGCUCGUUUCGACAUACUCCUCCGGCGGAUCCGCCGCGGCCAUCAACGCCACGGGCCAGCCGCUCCUCACGAUCCUGCGCGACCUCGACACGCUCCUCUGGACGGACCAGAACUUCCUGCUGCCGACGUGGCUCUCCGCCGCGCGGAGCCUCGCGGGGGACAACACGACGUACGCGGACUACCUCGAGUACAACGCGCGGAACCAGAUCACGCUCUGGGGCCCGGACGGCGAGAUCAACGACUACGCGUCGAAGCAGUGGGCGGGCCUCGUCGGCACGUACUACUACCAGCGCUGGGAGACGUUCAUCGGCUACCUCGCGAACAUCACCGAGAGCGGGCAGGCGUACGAUAGCUCCGCGCUGAGCAGCCAGAUGUUCGCGAUUGGCGAGGCGUGGGAUGCGGAGACGCUGAACCUGAGUACGCUGAUCAACGGCGACGCUUUGAGCGUCGUGCAGGGGAUCAUGCAGGACUACAUUUAAGAGGGAUCAUUCGGUACUAUGGACUAGGGAAUAUUCUGCAUACGCACUCAUUCCGUUGCAGCACUUUGUGGGUAGAGUCUAGACUAAACUACACAGUAUAAUCUAGACAUUUUUCUCUCUGCAAUCUGCAUUCUGCAUGCCUGUAACAAGUAUGAGAACGACAGAAGCGGUCGGUGACGGGGAUAAGUAGCUACGUUGCAUCCGAUGUUCGUUGUACUUGUCAGUCUAGCAAGCCGCAAAUGUGCUGCUGUAGUCACUUUGCUGUCACACAUCUGAUUACUGGGUCAAUGAGGUUGUCUAGCA